AUGGGCGAAACCCAUCUACCAUCACAUUUUGUUGACCCUGAAACAGGGUUCGCGAGUCUAGUUGACCUGCUUCAGACUAUCUUCCGCACGGUAAAAGACGCAGAAACCAACGCAGUUGCCGGAGAGUCUCUUAGGGGUUCAGGACUCGUCUAUGCUGCUCGAGCAACGGCCGCAGCGGCGGAUUCUGCUAAUGCAUCUGCAGACGCGGCAGAUGCAGCAAGUCGGGUAGCAGAAUCUCUUACCAAUAACAACGGGGUAGCGAGUAGAGCCAUAGGGGCAGCAUUUCAAGCAGCUGCCGCAGGAUAUCGUGCUGAUACAGCUGCGCAUCGUGCGGUGGCAGAACCCGGAUCUGAAUGCCGACGAGGCCAUCUUCGAGCAAGAAACUUGAAUAUGCGGCUGCAUAUAUUUACACCACAGCCUGAAUCCUAUGUAGGAGAUGGUGUACAAGAAGAAGAAGAAGUUUUAGGCAGGAUUGAUGACAAUACUAACGAUGAUUGUCUAACUUUCCCCGGGAAACUCAACAACAGUUCAAUCAAGCCGCUGAUCGAUCCCGGAGGCGGCUGCAAUCUCAUUAAAGCAGAGUGGCUUAAGACACACGGCAUUGAGGUUGAUCCAGGCUUGCCAAAGUUCAAAUCGCUUCUCAUGGCCGACGGCUCAACCUCCAAGAAGUGCCCCUGCAUUGAAAUAAGAUGGAACUUCGAUGGCAGAAAGAAAGUCUGGACUGAUGUCGAUUUUGUUGUCGUCGAAGGCUAUAAAUGCGACGCACUGAUUGGGUUGCCUUUCCUCAAGCAAACCGAAACUAUUCACAAUUGUGCAGGCCGACUAGCUUUUCCCGAGUGCAAGGGAGUGCAUGCUAAUUGGAUUCGUUUCCUCUUUACAAUUUUCAUGUUAAAGCUACUUACCCUUCAAGAAUACUAA